UGUGGUUGCCUAGUACGUACUGUAGCAUUUUUUAACGAGGGGCUACACUUACACGACACAAGCUAGAAAACGUGGGAAGAGAUCACCAUGGAAGCCACCUCAAAGGAUGAUGUCCUCGGGACAGUCGAAGGAACCGACGGCGAGAGCACGCCGUUGCAAGGCGGCAGCACCACCGGCGACGACUACGACGCUCUCAUGGCCGCCCUGAUGGCAAACAGGGGCUUGCUGGAAGCCAAGGUCGCCACCAACAACGCAAUAACGCUCGCCAAUAAUCAAGCCACCUUCGUCGUCGGCGUGUGCGAGGGCCAGAAGACCGUAGACGGCGAGCAGAUGCCACUGGUCCUGACCCCCGGCGGCACGGGCGGCGGAUCCUCCUACGAGGCGCUGGUGGCCGCUCUGGAGGCCGAGAGGGAGUGGCUGGAGGCCAAGGUGGUUGCCAACAGCGCCGUGCUGCUGCGUGGCUUCGACGUCCGUGACGCCGUGGAGUUCGACGCCGUCGUGGAGGCGCUGGGGUGGGCGGACAUCCGGUACGUCGGCCCCGCGCCGCGCACCCACGUGCACGGCCGCGUCUGGACCGCCAACGAGGGACCCCUCGAGCAGAGCGUCUACUUCCACCACGAGAUGGUGCUGAUCAAGGACUUUCCGGGGAAGGUGAUCCUGUUCUGCGAGGUGCCGCCCCCGGAGGGCGGGGAGACUCCGUUCGUGCCGAGCUUCCGGGUGACGGAGCGGAUCCUGGAGGAGUUUCCGGAGAUGGUGGAGGAGCUGGACGCCAAGGGGCUCCGCUACACGUUUGUGGCACCGAGCAACAACGACACCAAGUCCAUGAGAGGGAGAGGAUGGGAGGACGCGUUCGCCACGUCAGACAAGGCUGAAGCAGAGAAGAGGGCAAAGGCACUAGGAAUGGACGUGGAGUGGCUCCCGGACGGCGGCGCGAAGACGAUCCUGGGUCCCCGCACGCUGACCCGCGUCUUCCCGGGCCGCAAGGGCCGGAGGAUGUGGUUCAACACGUUGGUGGGGAUGCACGGCAAGGAGCUGAGCUCCGCCAUCGUGGCUGACGGGGCCGAGAUCCCGGCGAGCUUCGUGCGGAGGUGCGAGGAGACCAUCGAGGAAGAGAGCAUCCAGUUCCGAUGGCGCAAGGGCGACAUCCUCAUCCUCGACAACCUCGCCACGCUCCAUGGCCGGCGCCCGUCGCUGCCGCCCAGGCGGGUCCUCGUUGCGACCUGCAAGUGAUGGAUGCAUCUAGUGGUUGUUGUUAUACGUUGAUACUACCCGGAACGAGUGCAUUGCCGAUAAAUUUGCUUUAUUUCAGGGUUUUUUCGUUGCUUAUGAGAGAGGUCGUGAGAGUUGUCGGUCGUUGCAGCUAGUGGUAUUUGCAUGGUGGGCCAAUGGGGCAUACUUGUAUGUCGAAAAAAAAUAGAUAUCCCAAAUCGAUCUUUGUUGGGGACAGACUAAUAACCCAUGCGA